AAGAUACAGAUAGUCCAUAAUAACAAAGCAUAGGUUCUUUAUGAGAUUUAACGCGAAACAAUAGAUUGAAUAUACAGGUUUUGUGUGUGACCUUUUCAUAUACAAUUUCGGACAAGUAUUUUCGGAUAAAAUUGGAGAUUGAGGUAGAGACUCGUGUGCUUUCGGCCGUCUCAGAUUCAGCUUGUACUUGCACCUGAGCCUUUCAUGUGAAAAUUUGACUUUGAGAGUGUAGUGAAGAUGUCGUUACGACAAGAAGUCUUACAUCUCUAUAGGUGUCUCAUGCGCCUUUCGUAUCGUUGGGAAUCAGCUCUAGGCAAUCCGGGGGCAACUGAGGAAGAGAGGAAGUACAUCAGAGAGGAAUCUAGACGACUGUUCAAGAAAAAUAAGAGUAUUACAGAUGAAAAGGAAGUUCAAGAUCAUUUGAAGGAGGGUGUUACUCGAUUAGAUUUAGCCAUACACUACCGGAACCCAUAUCCAAGACCUGUACAUCUUCCCCAGCAUGUGCUGCACUCCAAGACAGGCAAACGUCUGAAGGGCCAACAGAGGAAGCUUGAGCAGUCCAAGCCUAUCUACGUCAAAUCAUAUGAUGACGAGUCCUGACAUGACAUUGUGAGAGAUGGAAAUCUAGAACUUCCUGAGAAGUUAAAAAUUGCAAGCAGUUAUAAACUGCAGGCAGAAAACUGGGAUGAACACAUUUCUAUAUGCAUGGCAAACAGCAUGUGCGAUUGUUUGCAUUGUAACUAUUGAUGCAACAAUAGGGUGUUCAUCUUUAAAAAAUCUUGGCUUUUGAGAACGCAUUGGAAAUGUUAAUUUGUUGUUGUUGUUGUAUUUUUGUAUAAAAGAUUAAAUGUG